GGCGGCGACUACAGACAUGUCGGGGGUCCGGGGCCUGUGGCGGAUGCUGAGCGCUCGGCGCCUGGUGCGGGUCAAGGCGUGGCCAACAGUGUUGCAAACAGGAACCCGAGAUUUUCACUUCACUGUUGGGAACAAGAGGGCAUCUGCUAAAGUUUCAGAUUCUAUUUCUGCCCAGUAUCCAGUAGUGGACCAUGAAUUCGACGCAGUGGUGGUAGGCGCUGGAGGGGCAGGCUUGCGAGCCGCAUUUGGCCUUUCUGAGGCAGGGUUUAAUACAGCGUGUGUUACAAAGCUGUUUCCUACCAGGUCACACACUGUUGCGGCGCAGGGAGGAAUCAAUGCUGCUCUGGGGAACAUGGAGGAGGACAACUGGAGGUGGCAUUUCUACGACACCGUGAAGGGCUCCGACUGGCUGGGGGACCAGGAUGCCAUCCACUACAUGGUGGAGCAGGCCCCCGCUGCCGUGGUCGAGCUAGAAAAUUAUGGCUUGCCAUUUAGCAGAACUGAAGAUGGGAAGAUUUAUCAGCGUGCAUUUGGUGGACAGAGCCUCAAGUUUGGAAAGGGUGGGCAGGCCCGUCGGUGCUGCUGUGUGGCUGAUCGGACCGGCCACUCAAUAUUGCACACCUUAUACAGGAGGGUAAGGCCGCCCCCGGUCCACCUGAGACAGGACACAUCUUUAGGUCUUUAUAAAUGUUUGUGGUUUUUUGCAGGCAUAUACGGUGCUGGUUGUCUCAUUACGGAAGGAUGUCGUGGAGAGGGAGGCAUUCUCAUUAACAGUCAAGGCAAAAGGUUUAUGGAGCGAUACGGCCCCGUCGCAAUGGACGUGGCAUCUAGAGAUGUGGUGUCUCGGUCGAUGACUCUGGAGAUCCGUGAAGGAAGAGGCUGUGGCCCUGAGAAAGAUCACGUCUACCUGCAGCUGCACCACCUCCCUCCAGAGCAGCUGGCCACGCGCCUGCCCGGCAUUUCAGAGACAGCCAUGAUCUUCGCUGGGGUGGACGUCACGAAGGAGCCGAUCCCUGUCCUCCCCACUGUGCAUUAUAACAUGGGCGGCAUUCCCACCAACUACAAGGGGCAGGUCCUGAGGCACAUGAAUGGCCAGGAUCGGAUUGUGCCUGGCCUGUACACCCGUGGGGACGCCGCCUGUGCCUUGGUACGUGGUGCCAACCGGCUCGGGGCAAACUCGAUGUUGGACCUGGUUGUCUUUGGUCAGGCAUGUGCCCUGAGCAUCGAAGAGUCAUGCAGGCCUGGAGAUAAAGUCCCUCCAAUUAAACCAAAUGCUGGGGAAGAAUCUGUCAUGAAUCUUGACCAAUUGAGUUUUGCUGAUGGAAGCAUAAGAACAUCGGAACUGCGACUCAGCAUGCAGAAGUCAAUGCAAAAUCAUGCUGCCGUGUUCCGUGUGGGAAGCGUGUUGCAAGAAGGUUGUGGGAAAAUCAGCAAGCUCUACAGAGACCUGAAGCACCUGAAGACGUUCGACCGGGGAAUGGUCUGGAACACAGACCUGGUGGAGACCCUGGAGCUGCAGAACCUGAUGCUGUGUGCGCUGCAGACCAUCAAUGGAGCAGAGGCGCGGAAGGAGUCACGGGGCGCUCACGCCAGGGAAGACUACAAGGUGCGGAUUGAUGAGUAUGAUUACUCCAAGCCCAUCCAGGGGCAACAGAAGAAGCCCUUUGAGGAGCACUGGAGGAAGCACACCCUGUCCUAUGUGGACGUCAGCACUGGGAAGGUCACUCUGGAAUAUAGACCCGUAAUCGACAAAACUUUGAACGAGGCUGACUGUGCCACUGUCCCCCCAGCCAUUCGCUCCUACUGAUGAGACAAGAUGCGGUGAUGACAGAAUCAGCUUUUGUAAUUAUGUGUAAUAGCUCAUGCAUGUGUCCAUGUCAUAACUGUCUUCAUGCGCUUCUGUGCUCCAGGGAAGAAGGAGUACAUUGAAGGGAGAUUGGCACCCAGUGGCUGGGAGCUUGCCAGGAACCCAGUGGCCAGGGAGUGUGGCACUUACCUUUGUCCCUUGCUUCAUUCUUCUGAGAUGAUAAAACUGGGCACAGCUCUUAAAUAAAACAUAAAUGAACAAAC